CCAGCAUUGCUCGGGAACAAACCUCACGUUUAAAAGAGAUAAAUAUAACGCAAAAAAGAGCAGACUUAACGGCAGCAGUACAGGAAAUGGGUACGGAGUUGGGAAAGAAAGGAGCGGAAUUUGGAAAUAUGGCCAAAGAUGCAGUGGAUCGAUGGAAGAAAAGAAAAGAAGAAAACCCAUCCACCGGCCCUCAUUUGCAUAGUGGAAAUUCCAAAGGUGCAACUGAUAUCAACAUUUUUGGAGCACCUCUCAAGACAGCUGUCAUUUUAACUCGUAUCGAAAAAGAUACGAAGCAAAUUUAUAAAGAUCCGUUUAGGUACUGGUUACCUGCUGUCGCAGUGAGGUGUAUAGAAUUCUUGGAUAA